AUGUGGAAUUUUGCAUCACAUGCCCUUACAAGCAUUAGAAUGAAAAGAAGCUCUACAGAGCCGAUCCUAAGCUGUGCAGAAUGCUCGGAUGAUGAGGUUUGCUCUAAUGCUAGCAAAGAUGAAGGGCUGGAGUGCCCAAUAUGCUGGGAAUCCUUCAAUAUAGUUGAGAAUGUGCCUUAUGUUUUAUGGUGUGGCCACACCCUCUGUAAAAAUUGCGUCCUAGGACUUCAAUGGGCUGUAAUGAAAUUUCCUACCCAACAAAUCAAGAUUCCGUUCUUCAUUACUUGUCCAUGGUGCCACCUACUAUCAUUCCGGUUCAUCUACAAGGGGAAUCUGAAAUUUCCUCGCAAAAAUUUCUUCCUUCUUUGGAUGGUUGAGAGCCUGAAUGGUGAUAGGCAUAAGGCUGGUUCUGCUUCUGUGGACAGCCAACCAAUUUGGUCUCCUAAGUUCAACCUUUUGGGAAGUCAAGGUACUAGUUGUAACCUUAGAAGGCCAUCAAGUAGUCAUUGUUCUGGACAAUUGGGAUCUAACAACGCAGUCCAUGUCAGUGAUGGAGAGAGACACUAUUUUUCCUUUCAUAAAUCUCUGGAUUUCUUCCUUCACUUCACAUCCAAGUUCCCAUUGGUCAUCACUUUGCUUCUGAUAGCCUUUUUUGUAAUUCCUUGCAGUGUUGUUAUUUUAAUCAUUUACUUCCUACUCACUAUUGUUUUUGCCAUCCCAUCAUUCCUCUUAUUGUACUUUGCAUACCCAACGAUCCAGAGAUUGAUUAGAGAAAUAACAUCAUAA